AUGUCAGCGAUAUAUAAGCUUUCAAUUCAAGGGAUUCGCUCUUUUGAUUCAAACGACAGAGAGACGAUAGAAUUCGGGAAACCGCUAACAUUAAUUGUUGGUACCAAUGGGUCAGGUAAAACAACUAUUAUAGAAUGUUUGAAGUAUGCAACGACAGGUGAUCUACCACCAAACUCUAAAAACGGUGCCUUUAUUCAUGAUCCAAAAAUCACAGGCGAGAAGGAUAUUCGAGCGCAGGUGAAACUUGCAUUCGUCAAUGCAAAGGGAGUUAAUAUGAUUGUUACCAGGAAUAUUCAGUUACUUGCAAAGAAAAAUGCUAACACAUUUAAGACUUUAGAAGGUCAAUUGGUGGCGAUCAAUCGUGGCGAACGGACUACUUUAAGUACACGAGCAACUGAGUUGGAUCAACAGAUCCCGUUAUAUUUAGGAGUUCCCAAGGCAAUUCUUGACUAUGUAAUAUUUUGUCAUCAAGAAGACUCAUUGUGGCCUCUUAGCGAACCGUCAAUACUUAAGAAACGGUUUGAUGAAAUUUUUCAAGCCAUGAAGUUCACUAAAGCCUUGGAUAAUCUUAAGACGAUCAAAAAGGAUAUGGCAAUAGACAUCAAAUUGCUCAAACAGUCUGUGGAACAUUUAAAGACUGAUAGAGAUAGAUCUAAAGCAACCAAAAUGAACGUUUCCCAGUUAGAAAAUAAAGUUGAAGAAUAUUUAUUGGAAGUAAAGGAUAUCGAGAAGAAGUUGGAAGCCAUUACAAGUCAAUCUGAUGAACUUUUCAGUUCAAAUCAGCAAUUUCAAGAAGUUAUAUCACGAUCGGAAAGCUUACAGCGUAGCAAAUCUUCACUAUCAGAGCAAAUUCAAAGACUUCAAUCGUCAAUUGAAAUUAUUCCAAAAUCAAAGAGCGAUCUCCAGAAUAUGCUUUCCAACUUUGAAGGAAUAUUAAAAGAUAUCGAUUCGAAAUUGAAAGGUCACUUUGAAGAAAGAGAAAGAAUCGUGUCAUUCCUUGAAAAGGAAAGAACUAGCCAACAACGGGUUAUUCGUCUUCAAGGUGAAUUGUGUUCCAAAAAAGAACAAUAUGAACACUCAAAGAUGAAAAAGGAAGAACUACUCACCGAAUUAUCAAACACGUAUAAUAUUCCUAAACAAAAUGUAACUUCAGAAGUUUCAACCAUGCUUAAAAUGGCAAACGAACGUCUAAAUACUAUACAGUAUAAAAACCAGAAGGAAGAAGCUGAUAUCGAGGAACAAUUACUCACAAGUAGAAACUCACUAGCAAAAAAAGAACAACAGCUAUCAUAUAUAUCAAGUGAUAUGAAGAAAUUGCAAAACCAAAUAUCCAAGUUGUCUAACAGAUCAAAAGAUUUAAAUGUGAACGAAACAGAAUUACAUGUUCAGAAAGAGAAUCUUAAAAGUUAUGAAGCGAAAUUAAGGAAUUGGGAUUCUGAAAAUGUAAUUGAAAGUUUAAUGAAUGAAAUUAAAUCAAAAAAUCAAGAUAUACUUUCCCUAGAAGAUCAACUGGAAGCUAUUCAAUUGCGAAUAAACAAAGUAAACCAACAUUCUGACCUCUUUGCUAAACAUUCCCUUCUUAAAGGUAAUUUGAGUGCCAAAUUAAAAGAUAUAAAAAAAAUGGAAGAGGAAAUAAUGCAUGAAGCCAGGAAUUUAAACGUUUCUUUACGGAUAGAUGAUGAUCUUCCGGAAAGCUUUAAAUUAGUUUACAAUGAUAUGAAAGAAGAACUUUCAAAGUGUAAAAUGGAAUGUGAUACUGCCACUAAAUUUUCUAUCCAAUCUGAGAAUCAAAUGAAAAAUUUGGAAAACCAGAUUCAAGUAUUAAAUUCUACCACAAGUAAUCUAGAGUUGAAAAUAAAAGCUGUUUUGCCUGAAGAUAUCAACAUUGAGGAUUAUGAUGAGGAACUUAAAGACUCCGAAGAGUCCUACAAGAUUGCUCUAGAAAAUUUGAAGAUGCACAGAACUACACUUGAAUUUAAUCUAAAAGCCCUUGAAGUGGCGGAAAAAGAGAAUUGUUGCUAUUUAUGUCAGAGACAUUUUGAGAACAAGGAAUCUUCCUCUCGCUUGAUUAAAAACCUUCAAGACCGUACUGACAAGAAUCUCCAGAAGGCUCUUGAAACUACUGCCGAAGAAGUAAAAAUAUACUUAGACGAUCUAAAAAGCUGUUAUGAUGAUGUGAUAUCUUAUAGGAAUAGUAUUAAAGAAAAGAAUUCCCUUGAGAAAAAGUAUAUUGAAGUUAAAAAGGAUCAUGAUGAAAAAAGUAAUAUACAACGUAAAUGUGUAUUAGAACUCCAAGAACUUCAACACAAAUUUUCAACGAUUUCGGACAAAAUACAACCUUGCAUUAAUAAGCUUGUCAAUUUCAAUGAAGAAAAAUUGAGAAUAUCGCUGGAGUUGAAUAGGGUUGAGGAAGAAUUGAGUAUAUACACUUCUCAAGAAGUGUUAGAAAGUAUCGAAGAAUUACAACAAAAACAAAAAUACAUAAACGAUAGACUAAGAACUUUAAGAAAGGACAUUUCUGAUACGCAGAGUCAGAAAGAAGACAAAUCAAGGGAGUAUAAUAAUUUGCUGACACUAAUAAGAGAAAAAAACUCAGACAUUAAUAGAAUGGAAACCUUAUUACAAGAAAGAAAUGGUGUUAUAAAAGAACUAGAAGCCAACCAAGAUAUUAUCAAAAGUUCUGAAAAAGAAUCAAGCAUUCUGACAGAAGAGGUUCAGAAUUUGAAGAAAGAAAUAAAGUCUCACACGGAGGUUUUGGAUGAAAUGAAAAAACGGAACAGAAAUAUGGAAUUAGAAGCUCGCGACAAACGGGAUAAAAUUCAGAAUCAAAUUACUCUGGUUACAGAUAUAAGUAAAACAAUCAAAGAUUUUGAAGAAAAUGACUCCAAACGCCUUACCCAAUGUACCGAGUUACUCGAACAACACCGUAAUGCAAUAUUGAUUAAAGAAAAAGAUUUGAAAGAUGUAGAAACUUUGAUAAAUGUCGAUAACCAAAGGUUGAAAGACUCCGACAAGGAAUUUAAAAAUAUUAAACUUAACAUUGAUUUAUGCGAUCUCAAAACUCAACUUGAAAGUUUUGAUCGUGAACUGUCUAGUUUAGACGUAGCUACUGCUGAAAAAGAAAGGGAAAAAUACCAAGAAGAAUCUCUAAGAUUGAGAUCUGCAUAUGAAAAACUCAGCGCCGAAAAUGCAGGGAAGCUGGGUGAAAUCAAACAAUUACAAAAUCAAAUUAAAACGCUAACUACCCAGAUUAAUACGGAUUAUAAAAAUGUUGACGAACUUUACCAAAGAGAAUGGAUUAAGCUACAAACAAAAUCAUUAGUAACUGAUGAUAUUGAUACUUAUUCUCGUGCAUUAGAUAGUGCUAUUAUGAGAUAUCAUAGCUUAAAAAUGAAGGAUAUUAAUCGUAUCAUCGAUGAGCUUUGGAAAAGGACUUAUAGUGGUACGGAUGUCGAUACCAUUAAAAUAAAAACAGACGAAGUCUCCAAUGUGAGGGGAAAAACGUUUAACUAUAGAGUAGUAAUGUAUAAACAGGAUGCAGAGCUUGACAUGAGGGGUCGAUGCUCUGCUGGACAAAAAGUUUUGGCCGCUAUUAUUAUUAGAUUAGCAUUAUCCGAGACGUUUGGAGUUAAUUGCGGUGUUAUAGCCUUAGACGAACCAACAACAAACCUUGAUGAGGAAAACAUCGAGAGUUUAGCCCGUUCGUUAGGUAAUAUUAUUGAAGUUAGGAGACAUCAGACGAAUUUCCAAUUAAUUGUAAUUACUCAUGACGAGAAGUUUCUCAAUUAUAUGAAUGCUUCAAGUUAUACAGACCAUUUCUACAAAGUUAAAAGGGAUGAUAGACAAAAAUCACUGAUUGAAUGGGUAGAUAUCAACAAGGUAAGUAGUUAA